AUGUCUGACAACCUGGCAAACCUCACCAUUAGCCCGUCUGACAUUAUCAAUGGCACUUUUGGCCAACUUCCUCUACUCAACGUCACACGCGGCCUUCCUGACAGUCAGGUUUUAGUUGUGUUGCUGGGCAUUUUUACCCCUGUCUUCUUCGUGAUAACACUUAUAGCCAACAGCAUGAUUAUUGUGAUUUUGACAAGGCCUGAAAUGAAGACGCCAACAAACCAGGUGUUACUGGCAAUGGCAGUCGCUGACACGAUGACGCUAGUGUUUUCGGUACCAUGGUAUUUUUACAUGUUUUCGCUGGGACACUUUCGCGAGUACCUCUAUCCAUCGAUUUUGUGCAAUCUGUACAACUACAUGAGCGAAGUUCUGCCAGCAUUCUUUCACACCGCCUCCAUUUGGCUUACUCUGCUAUUAGCUUGCCAAAGGUAUAUUUACAUAUGCCAUCCAAGUACUGCCAAAGUUUGGUGUACAAACAAAACCGUUACCAAAGUCAUCGGAAUCAUCUUUUUGCUAGCUUUCGUACAUCAGCUGUUGCGCUUCUUUGAAAGCCACUACUCAGACAUCACACUGCCCGCAGAAAACCUCACCGAGUCGUCCAAAAAUGAGACUACCCAACAGCAUGCCUGCCUUCUGGUCAUGUCCGACUGGGUGAGCCAGGUAGAGGACGUCUACUAUUUGAGCUACUUUACCUUUCGAAUACUGUUUGUUCACAUUGGUCCGUGCCUGGCUUUAGUCAUCUUUAAUGUCCUGCUCUACAGUGCUCUCAAACGGGCAGAGGUGACGAGAGCAAAGUUGUUCUUGAAAAGUCACGCCAGUAAUAAAAGCGGCUCUGGCAGUAGUCCACUGCUGAGGAAUGGCCACGGACGCAGUCAGUCGGUCUGCACGACCUCAGAGCAGAUGCUGAACGACCAGAAUGUGUCUCGUCGAAGCAUCUGCAUUGAAGCGCGAAGCAAGACAACUCGAGGCCUGGGCAGCGGUCGAGACGCCAACUCCACUACCUUUAUGCUGAUUGUCGUCGUCACUGUCUUUCUCAUUGUUGAGAUUCCUCUCGCACUGUGUACGUUGAUCCAUGUGGUGGAGAAUGUUUUCAAUCUGGAAAUUGUUUCGGAUGGGCUCUUGAACAUGACCAUUAUUUUCACCAAUUUUUUCAUCGUCAUAUCGUACCCUCUCAACUUUGCCAUCUACUGCGGCAUGUCGCGUGCAUUUCGUGAGACUUUUCAGCAAAUAUUUAUCCGCCGAAUAGUGGAGACCUCCUCGACAGGCACNUUGAUUGUCGUCGUCACUGUCUUUCUCAUUGUUGAGAUUCCUCUCGCACUGUGUACGUUGAUUCAUGUGGUGGAGAAUGUUUUCAAUCUGGAAAUUGUUUCGGAUGGGCUCUUGAACAUGACCAUUAUUUUCACCAAUUUUUUCAUCGUCAUAUCGUACCCUCUCAACUUUGCCAUCUACUGCGGCAUGUCGCGUGCAUUUCGUGAGACUUUUCAGCAAAUAUUUAUCCGCCGAAUAGUGGAGACCUCCUCGACAGGCACCACCUCGUCUUCUACCAAAUGUACAGGCAUUUCCGCAAGCAGCAGCAGCAGGGCGAACAAGUGCCACUCG